AACCAUCGUGACAGCAUCAGUCUUCGUUGAGGCUCCAUUAGGAAAGCACGCAUAUCCAAAGCAGUCCUUACUCCGGCACCAUUUCUAAACACUCCCAAGACUCUGUGUGUCAUGCUGCUGACAACCUUAACAGAGCUGAUAAAGCUGAUGGUUCGGACUGUAUGGCAGCGGUGGGCAGGUCGCUGCACCUCUUCCCGUAGCCUGGUCGGCAUGACCGCUAUUGUGACUGGGGCGUCGGCAGGCAUUGGGAAAGAAACUGCCAAGGACCUGGCGAAGCGCGGGGCGCGGGUGAUUCUCGCCUGCAGAAAUGUCCCGAAAGCACAGGCGGUGGCCGACCACAUCAUCUCAGAGACAGGCAACAAGAACGUGGUGGUGCGUCUACUGGACACCUCAGACCUCGCUUUCGUCAGGCGCUUCGCCAAGGAAGUUUUGCAGACAGAGGAUGCUAUUCAUAUUCUGGUGAACAACGCAGGCAUCGCAGGCAAACAGAUGCGAGAGGUGACGCGUGACGGACUGGAGCUGACCAUGGCUACCAACUACUAUGGCCACUUUUUACUGACCAAUCUGCUUCUCCCGCGUCUGAAGGCCAGUGCACCCAGCAGGAUCGUUAACGUGUCCUCGGCUGCUCAUUUCUUGACGUGGCAGAUAGAUUUGAAAGACCUCAACUUCGAAAAAAGGACCUACAGCACGAUGGCGGCAUAUUCCCUCAGCAAACUGUGCAACAUUCUCUUCUCUGCCGAGCUGGCCGAAAGACUGCAAGGUUCAGGAGUGUCAUCCAACUCCCUUCAUCCCGGGGCCGUCAGCACUGACAUCAUUGCCCGUGCCGAGAAUUCGACCACUUGGUGGCGAAGAUAUUGCCUGCAUAUUGGCGACAUACUGCUAAGCAUACUUGGCAAGGAUAGCGAGUUGGGCGCCCAGACAAUAAUUCACCUAGCAGUGGCCGAGGAGAUGGAGGGCGUGACGGGAAAGUACUUUGACGAGUGCAAGGAGGCCAUCCCUUCGUGGCUGGCGCGCAACAGCAAGCUGGCAAAGUCACUGUGGAAAAUUACCGAGAGGGAUGUACAGUACACCCCCAAUGGGCUCUAUUAAGAGAGAGAGAGAGAGAGAGAGAGAGAGAGAGAGAGAGAGAGACGCAAAUAAAAAAAAAUGCAGUUUUGAUAGAGCUGAGGAGGUAAAAGGAGACAAGAUAAUUAAUUAUAUCAAGCAAGUUAGUAAGCAUAAUACCAAAUGAAUAUUUAUUCUAUAGCAUUAGCUGUUGUGUGUGUGUGUGUGUGUGUGUGUGUGUGUGUGUGUGUGUGUGUGUGUGUGUGUGUGUAAUUCACCACGGUCGUCUGCUGGUCAUCCAGCCGGCCUAUGAUACGCGGAACGCGGGCCAUGGUUCUUGUACGAAACCAGGAACACUAUCAGACACAAGCUGCCCGCGUUCUUGCUAUGCUAGGCAAACGGCCCAGCAACCAAUAACAACCAGAACAAAACCAUGCCGCUUAUAUCUCAACCUGUGCUUCGUUCUGGAACUGCAUUUGUACUUUCUCUUAUUGAAGAAAAGUAAGUAAAAGAAACUAGAGAAAAGCUGAUCGAGACGUGCAAGAUGGCAGCUUUGGAGUCAGAGGUAGUUACCAUGAGCCCAAACU